AUGGAUGUUGCAGCCGUGACAGCCAUGUUGAGGUACAACUUCCCCAGCUGGUUCGACUGGAGCGAGGAUCCGAUGAAGCCAGAUCAGGGGCAGAAGGGCAGGUCGUACAAGGUCGGAGACGUUUUGGCGACUAAUGGAGCGACUGUGGGCAGGCAAGGAGAUUCACAUCUCAAAGACAACGUUACUUCGGGUUACGUGCGAUUACUCCUGGCUGACAUCCGUGGGGCUGGGUGUCAAGCGGGAGCGCUGUGGUUAGGGACACUCUUCACACUCACCACUCCAUGCAGCAACAACAAUAUGCGGUUUGUUACAGCGGACCCCAAACAAUGUCCAGUGCAUCAGCACAACACUGUGGCCGUAAAGCUUGCACUGAGUGUCCAGCUGGUCCGGCCAAGGCGCACUGACAUCACUGGGCUAAAUGCCCUAUGUUACUGCAACGAAACAUGGAAAAAAAGCACCCGACUCAGGGUAUCCUGAGCCGGUGAAUGUACGGGUUGCCUAAAAAAUAGGCAAUAAAAGCCCAGGAUGGGCGUGUUAAAAAGGCGAAGCACAGCCAAACCAGGGAAAUAAACCUGAGCCUGACAAAACCGGAUGCGAACCUACGGCCCAGGAAAGCCAAACAGACCGCGACAUCCAACACGCAAAGUCCCCAGUCCCCCACCAGCACCCAAAAGC